AAAAGCAAUAUUCUUAGAAAAAGAAAAAAAUGUCUACACAGAGUUGAAACACAAAAUAAAACGAUACACUGUAUAAAAGACCGGUUUUGGCGGUUUACCCCUACUUUAGGACUGCAUACUAUAAAGUUUUUCACCAUGAGGUAGUAAGCUCAGCUCGUGACUAGCACGAGGGAAAGCAUAUUCAGAAAAGGAAAAACUAUCUUGAUCUACAAAUCAGGUCAGUGUAAUUUAUACCAUUCGUUAUAUUGCAAAGGUCACUAAUCGUUGAUAUCGGCGCGUCCAGUCAAAGCUGAAUUAAUCAGUAAUUUUUAAUACUUCAAACGCUGGUAAGGUUUGAAUAGCGUGUUUCUCUUUGAAGUCAGUUAUCAACAGACAGAAAAGGCAAGAAAGGUUGGUGAAAACAGGCCAAGGUGAACAAUUUUAAAACAGACAAGCAAAUCUGCAUGAUAUCCCACGAUUUUCCAGACCGUUCCAGAGUUCAAGAUUCAACAAUUCAACAAUUCUAGCAUUUUACCGUAGAAGCAUACGGCGGAACCGUUUUAAACAGUUCUAAAUGAAAUGGAUGAAACCAGGCAACACAACAUGCAAUGCUUUAGAAAAGCAUCAUGGUUCUUUACUGGAAAACGUUUCAAGGAUAGUUCGUGGUCAUGGAUCGUGUGUGUUUCGGCAGCAAUAUGCAAUGCUGUCAAUUUUGGUAUGGCUCUCAGCUUUGGUGUUCUGUUCCCGGUUUUGAUGGAAUACUUUGACGAGACCAGGGAGAGAACAGCGUUUGUUGGCUCAAUCUGUCUGGGCAUGCUAUGGUUUGCAAGUCCGCUGGCAGGCUAUCUCUGCGAUCGUUUUGGUUGCCGCAUCACAUGUUUCUUGGGAAGCACGCUAUGCAUUGUGGGACUGGUGUCGACGUCAUACGUGCAGAACCUCACAAUGAUGUACUUCACGUAUAGCGCCUUGUACGGUUUAGGAACUUGCUUAAUAUACAAUCCCUGCUUUCUUGUAAUCGCUAAAUACUUUACAGAGAAGUUGUCCGUAGCUGCUGGCGUCGUUUCAUUGGGCGCGAGUGUAGGGGUCCUCUACACCGGACCUUCGCUUCAAGUCCUCUUGGACUCGUUUGAAUGGAGAAACACGUUUAUAAUAAUGGCAGCAGUGUACGUCCUUGUCUCCAUUUUGAGUCUGAGUUUCAAUCCAUACGUAGAAGAAAUAACAACUAGGGAGAAUUUCAGCACUGAAGAGAACAACAAUGAGGAAGAAAGAGACGAAAAGACAGGCUUCUCUCUCUACUGCAGUGUGUGGAGCUUUCCUGCUUACACUGUUAUUGUAACGUCGCUUACGUUUGCCAGUUUUGGGAUGUAUGUUCCUUACAUCAAUCUGGUCAAGUACUGUGAAGAUCUCGGAGUCUCUCCGCAGAAAGGUUCUCAGCUGUUCAUUUUUAUCGGCUUUGCGUCAUGUGUCGCCCGACUGGUGACGGGAAGACUGUGCAGCAACAAAAGAGUUAAUCCGGUGCACAUUUAUCAGUCAUGCUUGGUAUCAGCUAGUCUCGCUGCCUUUAUGCUGCCCUUCACCACAAAAUACUGGAACUUAAUCGCGUUCAGUGUCAUUUAUGGAUUGAGCGAUGGUGUUUUCGUAACAACUCAGAAUUUUAUUUUACUGACGGUUGUGGACAGUAAGAGAACAACGGCCGCUUUCUGCAUCAACAAUUUGGUGUAUUCGUUCUCUGGGGCCGCCGGCGGACCAGUUGCUGCUUUGAUAGCGGACCAGACAGGGAGCUAUGUCUACUCAUUCUACAUGACGGGAGGAGUAUUGUUGACGGCAUCCCUGAUACCGGUAAUAAUGAUUUUCAUCAACCGGAGAAUCUCUCUAAGUUCACCUAGAGAACUCGGAAGUAGAAUUAAACGAAGAAGAGUUUAUUGGCACAGUAUCGAAGGAGGAGCGCAAGAAUUAAUUGGAAUGAAGCUCAGCGCUUGGAAUGACGAGAAUGCACAAUUCUAGCGCAAUCGUCCAAUUUUUAUUAGUAAAAUUUUACUAGUAUCCUAAUACUGUACUAAUGCAAGUGCUGUAAUCUGAUUGGCUGAGUCAUUGCAAGGCUAUCAGCCAUUAGUGUGCAGUGACGACAAAAUUGCAACGUUUCCUUUCUUGUCCUUUUUUCCAAAUGGAUAAUCAUUGACAAAUUUCUGAGAAGACUAAAAGGAGGGCAUUUACGGUUUCUUAAAUUAAAAAAGCUCGAAAUUUUCGAAAGAAACUGACAAGCACGCGUACACAACUGUAAAUGUCAAAUUGACCAUGCAAUCCGCGCGAAUUCUCUGAAGCGGGAAGCUUAAUACAAAGACCAGAAAUAACUGGAAUCGUUAUUUGAAGGAAAUUUCAAUUAGAAUUCUACUAAGACAAUUAGAUUAUUCGCUCUCGAUUUCAUAAUCUACUUGUUAAAGAAAACAGCUCUAAGAAAAUACGAGCGCUGAUUGGUUAAACAUUGUAUUUCUUUAAAAACAAUUGGAGUUCGAGCUCGCGUGAUAGUUGACAGUCAACUAUCGCGCGAUAGAAAUUGAGAGCGAAUAAUGUAAUUGUUUUACUAUAAUUCUACUAGUCGUUUAAAACCUCGAAGUUAAAACGCGAAGAAGCGGCCGUCAUUUUGUUUACAAGCGUCCACUGCUAUAUGCUACUCGCUAUCUACAACACUGAUAACAGAUAGUGAGAGUCAGAGAACGACAUUCGUGAUAGAAAGCUAGUAGAUUUGUACUAAAACUCGAUAGAAACACGGAGAACAUGU